UGGCUCAGGCGGCUCAAAAAACUCGUCAAGGUUGUGACUACUAAAACCCCCCAACUUGUGAGCGCUGCAGUCAGUUAUUCAAAGCCACGACUUGCAACUUUCUGGUACUAUGCUCGUGUCGAACUGAUUCCUCCGAGUCCUGCAGAGAUUCCAAAAGCCAUUGAGAGCAUAAAAGGAUUAUUACAGUCAUUCCAGAGGCGUCGUUUCAAUGAGCUUACUGUCAGGGAAGCUGUCAGGAAUGGUCUGGUUGCAACUGAGGUUCUAUUUUGGUUCUACAUCGGAGAAUGCAUUGGAAAAGGUGGCCUGGUUGGAUACAGUGUCUGA